GCCCCUGGGAAUGGACCAUAAUGGAAGUUUGUAUUGGCUUCUUCACUCCAAUAACAAAGUUUUAUACGUAGAGAAGACGGUCGAAGGCACCCAAGGCAAUUGUGCGAACGACGAUCAUCCGAAUGCGGAUUUUUCUAAUGGCUCUGUUUGGUUCUUUUAUGACUUAACGGUGCAGGAGUUGAAGCGCCUCGUGAAUUCUUUAACCUCUCAAAACGAAGACGAACGAGCAUUGCGGCUACGGCUAAACUCUAUGGAAAAAACGAGAUGGAACUUUUCAGAAACAGAAAAUCCGAAAGGCCCAUGUCAUUUUGCGAAGAAGUCUUGUUUGAACCACUCCUUUGCUUAAAAGAAGAAAUGUGUGAUUUAGCCAGUCGUCUCGUCAAAGGUGCUGCUGCAAACGUUUCCAAUUUAGUUGAUUGGAGCGCGAACGUGAAGAUGGCAAAGUCUUCGAAAGAUUUGAUGCCUUUGGCGCUCGAGUUGGCUUCCUCCGUAAGUUUUGGGAAUCUGUGGAGCGAGUUGCAUGAUCGCGAGAAAUGGUUGACGGAGGACUGGACUCGUGCUGUGAAAGAAGCAACGAGUAUACCAAGGCUAAGAUAUUGUGUUGCUGUUCUUGACUAUUGCAUCAUGUGGGAGCGUUGCUCAGUUUUUUUGAAAUGUAAAGUAUGCCGAAGGAAAGGUGGUGCUAUGGCGGUCUGUGGGAAAUGUCAUUCUGGAUACCACGUGGUUUGUUUGAGACCAUCAUUGGAGGUGAUCCCACCGGACGAUUGGCUAUGUCCUACAUGUCGGCCUAAAGAACGCGGUUGUCGACGAUCCACGAAAACGGUAAGACCUGACGAACCCGUGGAUGAUGGACAAGAGGAGACAGUUGUGGAUAAUCAUGACUUUUGUGACGUAUGUGGUGGUGACGGGGAACUGGUGUGUUGUGAUAACUGUCCUAAUGUGUACCACAAAGAAUGUCACGAUCCCCCAUUAAGAAAUAUUCCAAGAGGUUUUUGGAAGUGUCGUAGCUGCCAUGGACGACGUCCAACCGCUAUAAAAUACACGCCUCGCGUUGAAGAAGACGAAGACGACGAAUUCUCUGACUUUGAGAGUUCAGACGAUGAGACAGGAGAUGAUGGCUCAUACAUGAAAACCGAAUCAGACGGCGAGAAGAGCGGAUCAGAAGUGGACCAAGCAUACGGUGAAUGCGACGAGAAUCCUUCAUCAGGCAAACGGCGAAAGAAAAGAAAAUAAAUCCUUUUUCACGUUCUACAUGUUUCAAGUCAAUGGAACUGAACGUACUACUGUUUAUUAUUACUAUCAAACGUAUUGGCGUUUUGAUUGUAUAUGUGUGAAAAUUCACCAGCAAAUGAUGUAGUGUAGCUCACUUAAAGUUUACCUUUCGUUGAAUUUUUAUUUGUCACGAGGCUGACUGUUUUCGUGCACAGUUAUACAUAAAUUUAAGAAGUAUAUACAGGAAUGUUGGUUGUAUAUGGAGAAACAGUUGUAUGCAGUGCAUGAAAUCCAACUACAGUUCCAGUUUAUAUAUUUCAAAAUACAUUAUAUGUAUGUGAGAAUCGA